AGCUCCUGUAUGGCAGCCUCCCCAGAGCAGGGCAUUCCCCACCCACUGACAUGGGCUCGCCUGCCCCGCCUGCCCCAGUUGCUACAUCCUGGGGCAGCAGGAGCCAUGCCCUAUAUAAGAGCCCUGACACGCCAGCCCAGGUGUGCCAGGGUGGCUAGCUAGGGUUUGGGUGCCAUGGACGCCAAGGAGGCUGCAGCAGUGGCAGUAAAGUUGGCACCGCGAACCCCUAAGUGCUCCCGCUGCCGUAACCAUGGCUUCGUGGUGCCGGUGAAGGGCCAUGCCGGCCACUGCCGCUGGAAGCUCUGCCUGUGCGACAAGUGUGCCCUCAUCACUGAGCGCCAGAAGAUCAUGGCGGCCCAGAAGGCCUUGAGGCAGCAGGUGCCCGACCCUCAGACUGGGGCAGCCACAGGACCCGCUCCCCUGGGUGAAGACACUGAGGCAGCCAGUGACCCUGCGCAGAGCGACCAUGAGGAGAUGAGGGGUGCCCAGCCCACCAGCCGCAACAGCAAAGGCAUUGCAUACAGAGGGCCACUGCUGCCUUCCAGCAGCCCUCCCUUCUGUGACUAUGCUCACCCUGCUUUUCCUCCAGAAUACAUGGUCAACUCAGAAUACCUGGAGAGAGAGCCUCCAAAGGUGUAUGCAGGGUGUUCUGGGGUAUAUCCUUAUCACCCGUUUCCCAUGGGAUUUGCCAUCAAUGAGUCAAACUGUAGGACACCACCAUCACCUCCAGGGAUAUCGCUUCAGAGAGGUUUCCGACACAUUCCUAGCAACUAUGGGCCUGGGAAUGCAGCCUCUGUGUCAGUUCCAGAUGGAGGUGGUGAUCUCCCUCAAGGAUACUACACUCCUCUGCCUCAGUUCAUCCCACCAAGUUUUCUGCCAGGGAUACAUUACAUUCCACCUCCCCUUUCACUGAACAUGUUGGCUGAAACAACCAAGGAAGCACAUGCUAGUGAAGGUGAUGGACAGAAUUCAGGGGUGGUUCAUGAACCUGACCAACCAUCUUCUGCAGAAGAAACAAGCAGAGACCAAUCUGUAUGUUCUAAAAAGUAA